UGUGUCGAUGAUUGAGUGGUGAAACCAUAUUUGAAAAAUUAGUUUCCUCUCUGGAUUCUCGCUGCUCCGUCGAUGGCCACCACCUCCCAAAUUUCACGACUCUAAUUUAGUUGUGAGAGAGAAAGAGACAUUGAGAGAGACGAAUCUCAAAAUCUAGGGUUCCUCAUUUCCCUCCUCCAUCGUUUCCUUGCUUCUUCUUCUUCUUCUUCUUAAUCAUCGUCUUCGCGAGGAAGAAGGGAAGAGCAGGGGGGGGAACAAUCAUAAUGUCAACAUUGGACUCGAUGGAUGCGAUUCUUUUCUCUCUCAGCAGAGCCUUCUGCUCCCUUUUCGCCGUCUUCCUUCAGAUCCAGGGAUGUGUUAUAUGCUUACUCCUUGCUCUUGGCUGGUUGAUGGCUGCAUACGUCAGGAACCGAGAGGUUAAGAGAAUCAAAAACAGCGUGAAAGCUGGCAACAGCUUUGCCUUCCUCUAUCAAAAUAUCGACGAGCUCGAGCACUCUAGGCAGGCUAAACUUCCCAGAGUCUCCGUUAUCAUGCCUCUCAAAGGUUUUGGAGAACACAAUCUGCACAACUGGAGAAGUCAGAUUACCUCUCUCUAUGGUGGACCAUUGGAGUUCCUAUUUGUUGUAGAAAGUACUGAAGACCCUGCUUAUCAUGCUGUUUCCCGUCUCUUAUCUAUGUAUCAGGAUCAUGUUGAAGCUAAGGUUGUUGUUGCUGGUUUAGCAACGACUUGCAGCCAGAAAAUUCAUAAUCAGUUGAUUGGAGCUGAGAAAAUACAUAAAGAUACCAAAUAUGUGUUAUUUCUGGACGAUGAUGUUAGACUGCAUCCUGGAACUGUUGGAGCUCUCACCGCUGAGAUGGAGAAAAAUCCAGAGAUAUUUAUUCAAACUGGGUAUCCUCUAGACUUGCCCUCUGGAACUCUUGGAAGUUAUUGCAUCUAUGAGUACCACAUGCCUUGCUCAAUGGGAUUUGCGACUGGUGGGAGAACAUUCUUUUUGUGGGGAGGGUGCAUGAUGAUGCACGCUGAUGAUUUCAGACAAGAUCGCUAUGGUGUUGUCUCUGGCUUACGUGAUGGUGGAUACUCAGAUGAUAUGACACUUGCCUCUCUAGCAGGUGCUCACAAGAGGCUCAUUACAUCUCCUCCUGUUGCUGUUUUCCCUCAUCCUCUUGCAAGUGAUCUAAGUUUUGGACGGUACUGGAACUACUUGAGAAAGCAAACCUUUGUGCUAGAGUCUUACAUAUCCAACGUUAACUGGAUAAUGAACAAGGUUUUGUUUGCCGUCCACUGUUAUCUAUCAUGGGGUUUUGUUGCACCAUACGUUAUGGCUGUCAUCCACAUCACAUCAGCUUUAAGAAUCUACAUCAAGGGCUAUCAUCACCUCCAAGAAACCACCGUCGCUUCUGGUGGUAUGUCUCUUGUCAUACUGUUGGCGAUCUGCACCUUCAUCGAACUUCUUUCAAUGUGGAAUUUGACAAGACGAGAAGUGACGCUAUGCAAUCUUUUAUCCCCCGAGGCUCCCCGUCUCUCUCUUGCACCUUACAACUGGGGACUUAUAUUCAUAGCAAUGCUAGUGGACAACUUUCUAUACCCGAUCUCAGCGUUCCGUUCUCACUUUUCUCAAUCCAUAAACUGGUCUGGAAUUAGAUACCACUUGAGAAAUGGAAAGGUUUUCAAGAUUGAGAGAAGGAAUGAUAUGGUACCAGCAAAGACUGAUUUAGGAGGGAAACACUUGUAUGGUAAGAAGGGAGCUCCACAGAAAGCUUCCUUCUUAAGCUCAUUGGGAAGAAAUUUUGCUCACUGGCGACAACCAAAGAAGUUUGAUGUUUAAAAAGUUCUGUUUUGUUUAAUACAGUAGAGAAGCAAAGUUAUCAUUGAUUCUUUGAUAUGUUUUGUGAUUCUUUUUCCAGCAGAGGAAGGGGAGGGGAAGAUUUGGUCUUAUGUUUGUUUUUUUCUUUUUCUUUGGGUACAAAAUGUUUAUUGGUGAAAAAGAAAGGUAUUACUAUUCCCCUCUGCGAAAAUUUUAAUUUAUUGAUUUUUUUCGGUUUGUUGCAUC